GAAGCGUUAAAUCAUUAUUUCCGGAUGAAUUUUCGUCGGGAGGAUUUGAUUGGAGCAUGAAGCGUCAGAUCAAACUCACCGAUAGUACAAAACCUUCCACGUGGAACGUGGAAUUUCCAAUCAAACUCACCAAUAGUCUUGAUGGACCCGCAACUUGUCUUGUCAACCUUUUGGUUCAACCAUAGGCAUUUUGCAUUUGAAGUAUUCAAACUUCGAUGAGAAGCAAUUUCGAAGAACCUUCGCCACGACUCGCAAGAAGUCCUGCACGUGAAUUGUUUCCAAAAUCGGAGUGGUCUAUCGUCGUUAUGGCCAGUAGUGCUUAAUUGAAUGUUCCUCGCCUCGGGAAUAGUUGAGUUCUUGCGUCUGGUUCUCUCUGUGGAACGAUGAGGAGCUUAAUUGCGAGAGAUUCGGGGGCUUUUGCAAGCGCCGGCGUUCGUCUUGAUACUGAUGGAUCGGAUCUUCUGCUGCUCAAGUUCGGAGUGAUCUUCGUGGCGUGCUUGAUCCUCCCGUCCAUCGUAGUGUUCUCCUGUGCUGACGACGGCAACAACUCGUCCCGCUCUAGCAGCAAAAAGAAAAGGAGAGACGGCGGCGGAGACGAAGGCGAUGAUGGCGGCGAAGACGGAGGCGAUGAUGGCUGCGGCAACAGUGGAGGAGGCAGCAGCGGCGGAGGCGGCGAUCAUGGAGGUCACCACGGAGGCCAUCAGGGAGGCCACCACCACGGAGGUCACCAUGGAGGGCACCAAUUGGCCCACCACCAUGGAGGCCACCACCACGUAGCCCACCACCACGCAGGUCACCACGGAACUCACCACCACGUAGCCCACCACCACGUAGCCCACCACGGAGGCGGCCACCACAUGGGACACCAUUGAGGCCACCACUACGGAGGCCACCGCCACGAAGGCCAUAAAAAAGGAGGUGGUUAUGGUGGUGGAGGUGGAGACCACGGCAGUGCGGCGGUGGUUGCGGCAGUUGCAGCGGAGGUGGUGGAGGGUCUUGAAUUGAACUUAUAUUCAUGAAUUGAAAAAAAAAAAAUUAAUUUCGAUAGAGUGGAACGCGAUAUUGUGAUUUAUGUUAGAUUAUAUUUGGAUUACCAUAUAGGGUUAAUUGUGAUUUACAUUUGUUGUACUUAAGACUAAUUGUAUUCUCACCCUAUCCAUAAUAUAUUGUUAUAUAUU